AGCACCCCGAACAAAGCGGUCAUCGGAAACCGAUCACAUCUCGCCCAGACACCACACAGCAGCAGGACUGCAUGAGCAGCAGAGGGCAGAGCACGGGCACGGCCGUCCGCAACGCAAGGUAUCCUUCGGUCGGUUCUCAUCCCCAUCCCCGGCCACCCCUAUCCACCGCUGCACCGCCACCCCCACCCCGCCCACGCCAGAUUUCGCCAGAUCUCAGGCCACAUGUGGACGGGCUCCGCCGAGAGCUGAAGCAAAGAGCUUGGCAUUAUCCGUCUCGCUCUCCGAGGUCCACCACGCUCGCUCUCCGCUUCCCCAGCCCCACCGCCAUUUUUAUCCCACUUGCUCGGCGCUGCCCCCAUUUUUAUUCCUCCCCGCGCCUCGAACCCCACCACGGUACCCACAGCUCUCGCCGCUAUAGCUCCGCCGCCGCUUUGCUUGCCUCCUCAGUUUUCACCCUCGCAGUCACGGACAUCUGGCUGUUUUUACAUUGGGACUCUGCUUUUUCCUGCCUGCAACAGCGACUCCUCUUUCCCCGCCUCUUCCUCCUCCCGCUUCGGAUUCCCAACCCCCCCGCUCAGGCCUCUUCCCUUCACAGCACCAACCCAAAACCCUAGCCGCAACGCCUACGCAUGGCUUCCCCCGCGCGCCCCGCCGCCACCUCCGUCUCCGGCGCCUUCGGCCUUCCCCCCGACGCGCGCUGCUCCUACGACCAGCCCCGCCGCCGCGAGGACGAGAGGAUGGUGCAGACGUUCGUGGCCGCCUACGCGCAGCCGCCGCCGCAUCAGGACGGCUUCUACCCAAAGGAAGCCGUGAUGGCGGCCGUGGAGGAGUGCAUGCGGAAGCAGGCCGACGCGCUGCUGCACUCGCUCGACGGCAUCGGGGGCAGGCUUUCGCAGCUCGAGCUCUACUGCUACAAGCUCGAGAGGUCCAUCGGGGAACUGCGCAGCGACGUCAUGGACUACCACAGCGAGAGCACCACCAACUUCAGAUGCAUCGACAAGAACCUCGGACAGGUCCACAAAUCCUUGCAGGUUCUUCAGGAUAGGCAGGACUUGGCUGAAACUCCAAAAGAACUCAGCAAACUUCAAAUAGCACAUGAGGCACCCUCUCAUCAGAAGGGUGAGGCCACCGGUUUUCCCAUGCUUGCGCCAAGGGAAAAUGACCACAUCACACAAGCUCCAAAACAUGAGGUUGCCCUUUUGCGACUUCACCAAGUUAAUGGGAUGCAGUCCCCUGCCGUGCAGGUCCAAACCAGCGGUGGCUUUGUUCUGCAGCACCUGGUGCCUGUCUCUUUGAGCACGCAGCAUGAUCAGCAGCAAUUGAACCAGGCUCCUGUGUACUAUGUGCAAAGCCAGGAUCAUGCUAAAUCCACAGAGAGCAAGGCGUUGGAACCUUUGGUUCAAGGUGUGCAGCCACUUGUCCACAACCCUGAAGUCAUGGCUCAAGUUGAGCUACCUCAGAAACCUAAUCAAGCAACUGAAUUGUACCCUCAACCUCAGAAUCACAGACUACAGAUGCCUACCCAGCAGGUUGAUUCGCAUACAUGGCAUCCCCAACAGCCCAUGGUGCAACAGCACCAAUACAUUAUCCAACAAGUUUCACGACACAUGGCUCAACAGCAGUCCUCGUCUCCUCAUUCUCAGAGUGCUCAAGCCACACCCUUGUUUCCUCCAUUCAGCUCCCCGAAGCCUGCUAGUUCUAACACUGAUCCAAUUACAAGAAGUAUGGCUGGGCAACCUCCAUACUCUUCAUCGCAGCAGCAGCAUGAAGUCGCCCAUUCAUUUUAUGGCCAAGGCAAUACAAUAUUGGUUCCUGUAGCUGAUCAUAAUGCUCAGCAUCAGCAAUCGCAAUCAGUGCAGCUACACAGCCAGGGCACCUGUCUACCUCAACCAAGCAAGCCCAGUCACUGCAGUGUUGCAUCCUAUGCUGUUCAAGGAAAUGGUCAGACCUACAGCUCCACAUACAAGAACCCUUCUAACUGCCCUGCAACUGUCGUAGCUCUUCUGCCUCAGCCUCCAGCUACUGCUUCUAUGGCGUAUCAUCCCUUGGGACCACAGGUCGUGCACAAUCAUCCAUUUGGAAAUAUGGUUGAAACGGCUAGUGUGGUAGGGUAUUCACGGGACCAAGGUGAGAUACUCCCAGUGGUGACUGCAGUACAACCCGUGAUGGUUGAUAAGCUUAAUGCUGGCAGCAACGUAACAUCCCCUCGUGAAUGGUCAGCAUAGUGGACGAUGUGCCAUCGUACACUUCACUGCUUCCACAACUUACUACUGCACAUAUUGCAGUUGGAAGCUCAUCAGGUCUAUUUUAUCUGGCUCCUUUUUUUCCAUCAGCCAGCAGAUUAGAAUAGAUCCUUCUACCUUUUUCAGCUGAAGGUCAGUAUGAAAUAAGAAAAGUAGGUUAGCUGAGUGAUCACUGUUGGCAUAUGUCCUCACUUUUAAUGGGCAUAUCUUCUUGUAACCGGUUGCGAACUUAUAUGCCUUAUAUGAAUACAUGAUGGGUUUACAUCA